CUCAAACGUGUUGACGCUAUGCUUUAAUCUUUAUCCAAAUAGCAUCAUAGAGGUAGCUACCACCUAAUUUCCAUCUUCCAACUGCCAUGGCUUCUCGACUUCACUAAUUCUAACGAAGACUAUUCCCGUUAUAUUCACGACUUCUUGAACGCCCAACCACAAAACUUGUCACCAAAUACGCUCCGUUCUUCCGGGAUUUCUCCCCAGGCUUGUCCACAACUUUUCGCGAACCCCUUCGGCAUUCUGUACGGCAUCAGGCACAAUUGGCGGCAGCCUUUGGCACUACAAAGUAUAGAACGUAUCGACAAUGGCAUUCGAUCCAGCGGCCAACGCCGGGCCUCCUCUCGACGAGAUCCAAUGGCACACUCCUCCUCAGUUCGAAGCAGGCAUCCACUCAAACAGCAUCCUCUACUACUUCGCGCAAUCGCCAUUCUAUGACAAGACCUCCAACAAUGAGGUCGUUUUCCAACAGGGUCUCAAUAACCAGGCCAUGUCCCAAUAUCUCGCCACCCGCGAGCUAUUCGAGAGUCGACUGAGGGAAAUGUCUGGGCUGGAGUUCAUUGUUGCUCAGGAACCCGCUGAGACAGGUCCGGGGAUGGGUACAGGUGUGUGGGUGAUCAACAAGCAGACGAGGAGGAAGCGCCCACCGACGAACCCUGCGAGGCCUGAGGACGGCCCGCCCGACGAGAUCAUCGUUCAUUCGGUUUACUUUGUGGUGGGCGAGAACAUCUACAUGGCACCCACACUGGCAGAUGUUCUUAGCUCCCGAAUCGGAGCAAUCGCCACCGCCAUCACCAAGACCAUCCCCCUAGUAGACGAAGUAUCCGACUGGGCUCCCGCCGUCGGUCGCCGCUACAUCACUCCCGCCCAACCAUCCGCUGGCGCUGGUGCGGCUAGCGGUACAACCAACUAUACCGCCUCGCGAACCGCCACUCCCCUCCCCGAUGGUCUUCCCAGUACGGCAACUACCAACAAACCCGGCGCCAAGGCCGGCGGCGGAACCACCACAAAUGACCCCCUCCUCGACUCCCUCCUCAUGGAAGAAGCCCUCCUCACCCACGAACGCUACGGCACCGAAUACAUGGACGAGAACCCCAUCACCGGCAAGCCGGGCGACUUCCACCUGACCUCGACCGGCCGCAAGACGCAAACCAAGAGCGCGUUGACCCUUAAGGAGGCGGCGGCCGCGCUGCCGGCUUUGAACACGAAGGGCUUGGGAGCCGCGGGAAGUAAUCCACUUGCUAAAGGAGCGGCGGCGGCGGCGGCUGCGAAUGCGAAUGCCGUGACGGGUAAGGAGACCAAGAGCCCGAAGACGCCGGGUGGCGGUGGACCGCCGAAGCCGAAGAGGAGGAAGAGUAAAAAUGUCAUUACUACCCCCGGUGCGGCUUAGAAGGAGCACAGGGGAGAUAAAGCACAAAAGAAGAAGAAGAAGAAGAAGAACAUGAAGGGUGCGAGGGAGGGGGCAAUUGACAUGGGAGGAACUUGACUUGAUGAAGAGAUGCAUUCAGAUAAAACGGCGUCGAUUGCACAUGGUUGGAUGGCAUUUGGCUUUAGGUACGGCGAUUAGAUACCCUAGGAUGGUGGACAGAUUGGUAAUGUCCAUGAUAUUAAACAUAGCGAGUAUUUGUAGCAACGACGAAUCAAUUUCAGCU